AAUCAGCAGCAGGCGGUCCGUCCCUGUUUCUGGUCCGGGUGGAACACGCAGUAGUGUGUAUCAGCUAGAUGUGUGAGUGACAGCUAAGGUUGGUGGUUCUGGAUUGCCCAGGGGCUGCAGGCAGUGGUCGAUCAUGUUGGGAAUGAGGAUCUUCAAAGAUCUCCGCGCAGGAGGUGGAUCCCUGCUGCGUCUCCGGAGGUCAGUCCAGUCUCAGACCCGGUUCUACUGCCAGGCGCCAGGCUCUUCGUCGUCCUCUCAGGCCAGGCUGAAGCUGCGGACCCGGUUGGGGGUCACGCUGCUGUUUGGAGGAGGUCUGCUGGGUGUGUGGUGGUAUGUGGACUCUGAGAAGCAGCAGAGACUCCGACAGCAGCGCGUGGAGCAGCUUAGGAAGGUGGCGCUGGGUCAGGGGACGUUCAGCCUGCUGGACCACACGGGCCGGCGCCGGACCAAGGAGGAUUUCCUGGGCAGUUGGGUCCUGAUGUACUUCGGCUUCACGCACUGUCCCGACAUCUGUCCGGACGAGCUGGACAAGCUCAGCGCCGUGGUUUCUGCUCUGGACCGGGACCCCUCCCUGCCAGCCGUCCAGCCGCUCUUCAUCACAGUGGACCCGGAGAGGGACGACGUGGCGGCGCUGGCCCGCUACGUCAAAGACUUUCACCCCCGCCUGAUCGGGCUGACCGGCACCCCGGAGGAGGUGACGCACGCGGGCCGGGACUACAGGGUGUACGCCAGCCCUGGACCCAAAGAUGAGGACGGGGACUACAUUGUGGACCACACCAUCCUGAUCUACCUGGUGAGUCCGGACGGACUGUUCCUGGAUUACUACAACAGGAUGAAGAAGCAGGAGCAGAUUGUGGAGAGCAUCAGGAACCACAUCCAGAACUAUGUCAGACUGUAGACAGAACCGCACGUCGCGGUGGACGGGUUCUGCUGCCUCCUAUGGUGACUUUGUUUCUUCAAACAUGUUUACUGUGAGAAUUUAAAUAAAAGAACUGGACUCCUUGAUCUUUGGGUUUGUGGAUUAAAAGGGUUUUCCAGGA